AUGCUGCCCGGAUCGAUGAAGGAGCCGCUGGUAUCCAAGGGUGAGACCACGGUGGUCAAGUCGAAACUCUGGUUUGGCUACCUGCCGCUCUGGCAGGAGACCGUCCCGCUGCAUCCAAAUGGCAAGAUCGACACCGUUCGGCUCAUCGCCAACAUCAUGGCUGGCCUCAUCAUCGGCAUCCGCCAGACGCUCUCGGCUAUCGUGUCUGCCACCCUCGUCUUUACCACGACCAGCAACCAGACGGUGGUCGACAUGUUUCCCUUUGGUAUCUCCAUGAUGUGGUGGUCGACCGUUGCGGGCACUGUAUGGUACGGCAUCUUUGGGCGGCUCCAGUACAACACCUCCGCCACGCAAGAGGUGUGCGCCAUCUUGUACGGCGCGAUGGCAGGCAAGGCUGCAACUUUUCUCGAGGACACUCCCGACAAAAUCCCGCCGACGGUCCUUGCGCUGAUAGUCACGGGGACCAUCCUCACUGGCUUUGGCACCGUGGCCUUUGGAAAGCUGGGGAUCGGCAAGAUGAUGCUGUCCUUCCCGACACCGGUGACCAAUGGAUUCCUUGGCACCAUUGGCUUCUUCCUUGUCAAACAGGCCCUCCAGAUUACUUCCGGCGUGAAGUUCGUUCACUUCUACCCCAUUUCAUUCUCCGCCUUUUUCGCGAUGCGCAGCGUGUUGCCGCUCCUGUGCCUAUUUGCCAUGGUGAUGGUGAUGCGUAAGGGGCCCAGGCUGCUCGGCAGCGCCUUCCCCAAGAGCAAGGCGGUCAAGAAGCUUGGUGGCCUCUUCUGCCAGCUCUCCCCGCUCUUCGUUUUCUACAUCGUCAUCGGAAUCGGCCGGAUGGAUCUCGACACGCUCGGAGAGGCGGGCUGGGUCUACCCUGCGCAGGCGCCCCAGAGCUUCACCACGCUCUGGACCACGUACAAGCUCUCCGAUGCCGACUGGGGUGUCGUGGCCGCGUGUGUCCCCGACUUUGGGUCGCUGGUGCUCAUGUCCGCGCUCUGCACCAUGACGGGCGUCCUCGGCAUCACGGGCAAGUUCCCAACAGGGCCCGACGGCGACCCGGCACCCGACGAGGGGGCCGACUUCGACAUGGAGCUGGCGACGGUCGGCGUGGGUGCUGUGUUCACGGGGCUGACAAAUGGUGUCGUCACUUUCCACCGCCUGGGAAGCUCCAUCCAGAUCCGGAUGGAUGGCGGGACUCACCGCAUAGCUGUCUUCUCCUCGGCGGCUUUUGUUGGCGUCUUCUUCUUUUCCGGCAUUCCGCUCGGCCACUACAUCCCGAAGUUCUUCCUCGGGGGGCUUUUCAUGUCAAGCGGUGUCUCCUUCAUGGAGUCUGUCAUCUUCUCUUACCAGUCGAUGGCCUCCUCCGGUCUCACCCUGUUCGGCUCUGACGUGCCCACCUGGGAGUAUUUUGGCUCGCUCCUCUGCAUAGCUACUGCCGCCUACACGUCGCCCCUUGGUGGUAUCGCUGCCGGUCUCCUCGUGAGCGUCCUGAGCUUCCUCGCCUCUAGCUCGAGCAGCACGCCAGUGAGCAGCGUGUCCGACGGCCGUUUCACCAUGGGACGGACGUUCCGCCCCAUCUGGGAGCUAAAGGCGUUGCGGACCUACGGAGAUCGGAUCGCGAUCCUCUACCUGCAGGGUCAGCUCUUCUUUGGCUCUGGGCAGCGACUCGCGUCGCUCAUCGCGGAGGCGGUAGAGAGCAGGCACCACCUUUCAUACUGCAUCCUCUCAUUCGCGAAGGUGUCCGGUAUGGACGUCUCGGCAGUUGACUUCCUGCGCAGCGUGCAGCGAAAGGUGGCGCGCAAGGGCUGCAAGCUCAUCUUCUGCCGCAUGGAGAAGGAGGUCUUCUCGGCGCUGUCGGCAGCCAAGCUCAUCAACUCCCCGAGCAAGGAGCUGCGCGACGUCAUUGCGGGCACCGUCGAGCAGCCGAGAGCUAUGUCGAUACCCAAUGCUAUCCCCGAGGACGAGGAGUUCGUCGACCAGGAGGACGUCCACGACAUCGGCCUCGGCCACCGCAAGACCCAAAUCCUGAUGCUGCGCAAAGAUGUCACAUUCGAGCCACUCGAGCCGUUUGGCCAGGGGAAUGACGAUGCGUUCGACCACGAGACGGACGCCCUCGACUUCUGCGCCGAGAAGGUCGUGAAGGAGGUUGUUUACUUUCAAGGUGCCAAGCUCGACCCGCAGUUGUUGCAGUUCCGCGCCGCCUGCGAGACGGGGACGAGGAUCACCGAGAGCACCUUCGAGAGCCUCAACUCUCUACCGAAGGGCUUGAUGGCCGAGAUCAAGCCGUCCUGCAAGGUGCUCAAAGACAAGACCUCGGUCUACUUUAUCUUUAAGGGGGCUGUCUCCAUGGUGGACUCGAUCCAGCUGAACAAGGCUAGGGAGGGUUCCUCGCUGGCCUUCACGCUCAACGUAGGCGUCAAGGGGUUCCACGGGCGCGGCGGAAAGCGCUUGCGAAAGCGUUACCCGCCGGGCACUGUGGUCGGCAAGAUGGCGUUUGCACUCAACCGGACCGGGCGAAUGCUCGACGACGGCGUGCAGUCGGAGCUCGUCGUCUCGAGCAGGCAAGCGUACGGAACGACCGCCGAGCUCUGGGAGCUUACCGCUGAAUCGUGGGACUCGCUCUCGGAGGAGAUCCAGAAUGCGUUGCGCGACCUGCUCAUCGUCCAGCAAGCGGAGGAGCGGCAGCACACCUUCCUCUGCGGCGAGUAA